AUGAGCGACUUGCCUCCAAGCCCUCCUCCUGGCCUUAAUUAUAUCGCCGCCAUCGAGCCAUCCCUCAAUUUCAUCCUCAUACUCACGCCCUUAGGAGCAACUAUGGUUCCCCUCAUCCUCACACUCUUUGUCUUCUCCUCCCCUCAAACACGACGCCACCCAGUAUUUAUUCUGAAUAUAUUGGCCUGCUGUUUUGGAAUAUUCGAAGCGGCACUCAAUGGAGUGUUGGAAACAAGACUAAUCCUAUAUCCACUUGAUCCCACUCCGAAAAAUCUUCUAACUGCUGCCCUUGCACUUGCACUGGUCCCACCCCUUUUUAUCGACUCCAUUCUAGUGUUCCGGCUCCUUGCAUUUUACCCAGUACACACUACCCCUACGGAAAAAUUGAUCAGAAUUUUUGCUUUGCCGGCUUUGUUUAAAUGUGGCCGGUUCAGCAUGGUCGUGUUGUUCUUGCAUUCAUUCACCGUUACCAGCGGACAUGCUCCAAAAGUCCAAUUAGCCGCGGAGUUAGCAUGGGGCAAUGAAAGACCCUAUCUGUUGACCGAAUUUGCUUUGCAGACACUUGAUAGCCUGUACUCCUCAUCAAUCUUCCUCUACAAUUUGUACCAGUAUCAACGUGAUGUGGCUAUAACUCGCACUUCCAAAGAUAGCCGUAUUCUGCAACGUAUUCGAGCUGCUCUUUUGAUCGCUGUAGAGAAUUUUGUUUUCCCUGUUAUAGCAAACUUGGUCGCAAUAAGCCUGUUUGCAUGGGGGUCAUCGUAUACGACUGCGUCUUACAUCUUCCUUGUCAAUGACUACGUGGCCAUUUUGGGGGUUGUCUUUGCAACAAUGUGGACGAGUAGACGGAAUUGGAAUCAUCACGAAACCAUUGAUGAACAUUCGUCUUUCGACCCGUCUGGGUCUAUGGAUGCGGUGUCGGUUAUGCAAUUCGCGCAGGCAUCGUUUUUGAAUGCACCAUACUCGAGUCCGGAAACGGUAGAGCUGCCUAUUGUUGAUGGUUCAAGUGGGUCUACAUUUGGUGAAAAGUCUGGUAAUGAUGACUUUUCACAUCCUGCAAGUCGUUGAGCAGAACUGGAGCUUUCGUUUUCUCUGAAAUUAGUCGUGUCGUGGUCUAUUUAGGACUGCUUGGUUUUCAAAGAUGUCAGAAGUUGUUGUGUUUAUGCAGGAUAGUCACAUACCGUGG